AUGUCAGGCAAAGUUCACGGCGGCAAGGGCAAGUCUGGUGCCAAGACCGGCUCCAACAUGCGCGCCACCACGCACUCCGCGCGUGCCGGGCUGCAGUUCCCGGUGGGAAGAAUCAAGCGGUACCUCAAGCGCAACGCCGCCGGCAGGACGCGUGUAGGGUCCAAGUCCGCGAUAUAUCUGACCGCGGUGCUGGAGUACCUCACCGCCGAGGUGCUCGAGCUGGCCGGAAACGCGGCCAAGGACCUGAAGGUCAAGCGUAUCACGCCGCGCCACCUGCAGCUGGCCAUCCGCGGUGACGACGAGCUCGACACGCUGGUCCGGGCCACCAUCGCGUCAGGCGGUGUGCUGCCCCACAUCAACAAGGCGCUGCUGCUGAAGGUCGAGCGCAAGGGCACCAAGAACUGA